ACUAACUCACUAAUUCACUCUUAGUACAUACAAAUAUUUUCAAUAAUGGUUUCUCCUUCUUUAACCAAGCUUGUCUUCGUAGCUUGCUUUGUUCUGUUCACAUUCUCAGACAAACUCGUGGCUGAAGAAUCCGACAAAGUUCAGCUCUAUCUUUACUACGAAUCACUUUGCCCCGGUUGUCAGAUGUUCAUCGUCAAUGACCUAGUCAAAUUCUUUGACUCCGAUCUUGACACGAUCACCGAUGUGAAGCUCGUUCCAUUCGGUAAUGCUAAAGUCUCCGAUAACAUGACCGUUACUUGCCAGCAUGGUGAAGAGGAAUGCAAACUUAACGCCUUUGAAGCUUGUGCUAUAAAGAUUUUGACUAACCCGAAAUCCCAGUACACGUUCAUAAGGUGCGUUGAAAACGAUACGGAACACUUUCAACAAGAAUGUUUCCAAGGCUUUGGAGAUGAGAAAGACGUCAAUGAUUGUUACAACAGUGAUAUCUCAAAAAAGCUCAUACUUGAGAACGCAAAACAGACCAUGAGUUUGAAGCCGAAACAUGUAUUCGUACCAUGGGUCACACUCAACGGCAAACCACUCUAUAACAAGCUAGAUGAUUUGGUGUCCCAGGUCUGCAACACGUACAAAGGAAAGGCUCCACUCCCCAAACAAUGCAAUCCCUCUGCUUUGUCUGAGAAGAAGACUACGUCAAAGCUUCAGUUCUCCUAUGCCAAUGGUGCUAUCAAGUACUAGGUUAAUUAUCAAUCUACUACGAUGGAUUAAAAAGCUUAUGUCAGUGGAAUAAUUAAAGAAAGAUCUUUUUCUAGAAUUUUAUGUU